CGGGCCAAGGCUGCAGAGGUUAUUGAACUCAUACAGGACUCCGAGUUUCUCCAAGCUGAACGCGAGAAAGCACGAGCUGACGCCAAGCACUACGGCGGUUUCUGCAACACAAGCCCCAACUAUACUUUUCGAAAGACCAGCAAUUGUGAAGAUUGCAUUGUCCAAAACUUGGCGACUCCCAUCCGUUGACCUCAUUUUCAGACUUUUUUUGCAUUUCCUAAAUCUGCCCCGAGAAUCACGCUGA